CCUAAUCUCUCAAUCUUUCUCACUUUUACGGUUAACAAUUUACAGCCUCACCUCCAUCUCCAUUCACCUCUCCCAAUCUCUCAUUUACUGCUGUUUCUGCGUCGCAUCACUGAGUAAUUGGUGUCGCUGCUGCUCCGUGUUGCACUGUUGCUAUUGUCGCUGAUCAGUGGUCACUGCUGCUCUCUAGUCUCUUCCAAGCAUGGAUAAGAAGGAGGAGCAGAAAGAGCAAUCGAGCAUGGAGGAGAAGAAGAAUCAGAAUGACAAGAGCAAGAGCAUUCACGAUAUCCUCCCUCUUGACCUGAUUCAGAGAAUCUUACUGAGGGUUCGGGUUAAACAUCUCGGUCGCCUCAAGUGCGUUUCGAAACUUUGGCACUCUCUAAUUUCCGAUCCUGACUUUGCGGAAUUGCAUUUUCACCGCUCUCCCGCAUCAACCAACGCAUGCAUCUCCAUAGGAAAACGUCCGAAGGCUUACUCUGUUUACUUAGAUGCACUAUUUAGUGACGGCAAUGAUACAUUACAAGUAAGAGAGGUGUCUCCCCCUUUCGACAUGACACGAUCUGCAGAUGUUAAGGUCCUUGGAUCCUGCAGAGGCUUCGUUCUCUUUGAUCGACACCCAUGUCUUCUUGUGGUAUGGAAUCCACUGACUGGAUCCAAAAAAUUAAUAUCUUACUCUCAUAUUCUUUCUCGUUGUAAGCACCAGGACUUUAGUCGUCCCUCCAAAUUCCAUCUCUAUGGAUUUGGUUAUGAUGCAUCACAGGAUGAUUACUUAGUUGUUGUAGCUUGGCAGGAUAUGGAUGACCAUGAUCACUUUGACGGCUUUUCCUUGAGAACCAAUUCAUGGAUUGAUUUUGAUGCUGCACUCCCCAAUCCCUUGUUUGGUUUUGACCGCAAUUCUUUUGGGUUGUUCUUGAAUGACGCUAUUCAUUGGGCGCAAUUCUCUCCUAAAGUUUACAAGGAUGCUAUUCUUAUCUUUGAUCUGAAGGAAAGGACUUUCUCGAGGAUAUCUGCCCCGGAACAACUAGUAAUGUUUUCACGCGGUUAUUCAGGUCUAGCCCUACUAGGAGGCUGUCUAGCCUUGUAUUAUCGCGAUUUUAAUAGCUGUAGCACUCACAUAUGGGUGAUGAAAGAAUAUAAAGUGCACUCAUCUUGGACUCUCUAUCAGGUUCCUUGCAAAGUCUUUCAGCCAUUGUGCUUUUCCAGUAAUGGUGAUAUUAUUGGAAGAGAUUAUACUAAAAGAGGGGGCUUAGCCUUUUAUUAUCACAAUCGUGAUAGCUGGAACACUGACCUAUGGGUGAUGCAAGAAUAUAAAGUGCAUUCAUCUUGGACUCUCUAUCAAAUUCCUUGCAAAGUCGAAAAUGGUGAUAUUAUUGGAAGAGGUUAUAAUUUUCUCUACAUGUAUAAUCUCAUAGGAGAGGAACGUUUUAAAAAUCCUUGGUUAUGGGUUGACCUCUUUGCAUCCGAUGCUCUGUAUACAGAGAGUCUCUUGCCACUCCCUAGUGACAUUAAGGAUGAGGAUAAUAACAAUAAUAAUAAGAAGAAGGAAAAAGUCCAUCAAGUUCACCAUGAAUGUUUUGAACAACUUGAUGUUGCUAAAGGUUAGCAUCACGAAGGAUCCAAACAAAGAAAGAGAAUUAGGAGCCAAACACAAGUGAGCAGCUUGACACACCGAGAAGAACAUUGGAAAAGUGCAAAUGAAGUUGUCUCUUUUUGGUUAAAUCUAAUAUAUCUUUUGAAUCAUAUCUAAUAGUAAUAUUUUUUAGUUGGUUAUGCAAAACUUUAGAUGUUUUAUUUUGCAGAUUACAUGAUGUACUUUUUUUUUUAUCAUGUCCAAACCUUAUGAACCCAAUCCUAGAAGUUUUAAUUGUAGAUUCUUUUGAAUAAGUUUCUCCUGCAGACUUCAGAUGCAAGGUGUGGAAUCCAGUGAAUUUGUUA